GGGUUAGGAGAUGGAAAAGGGAAUUUUUGAUUGUGAUUGGUCAAACCCAGUAGAGAUUUAGGGGUGUUGAGACAUUUAAGGCUUUUUUAAUGAAAAGAAAAAGUAAUAAUUGGCAUACUGUCACAGUAGCCAGUUAGAAUUGAAUGAUACAUCAUACUUAAAAAAUCAAAUGUGGUUUAGCGUUGUCUGUACUCUUAUUGACAAUGAGUACGCGUCAUCACAGUGGUCAAAAUGUUGUGGUCUCACUCGGCUGUGCCUUGUGAGUCCACUCGCACAGCCAAGUGAGUGCGUAUCAUUGUCGAUAAGAGUACAGACAACGCUAAACCACAUUCGACUUGUUUUUUACCACAAUAUUCACUAAUAAAGAAAAUGUUUUUUCAAGAGCACAAGCUGAAAAAGGCAUUGCAUGACACAUUGACACGAGCAGUGUUGCCUGGACUCUUAUCAACAACGGCAAAUUAACUAAUCAGAUUUGGCAAUGUUUACCAGUGGAAAAUACAAAGCUGCUGUGAACAUCUGGACAAACCUCUGCCUGGUCAGAUAUCGAGAGCUUCUUGGUACACACCCUUUCACAGCAUCAUUGCUGCAUUACAUUGGAGAUGCUUAUCAGAAGCUUGGAAAUCCCAAACGCGCUGUAGGCUUCAAGAAGGAGUCCCUUGCCAUGAGGAAAUCACUGUUAGGUGAUGAACAUUUGGACACCGCCAGAGCUUAUUAUGGUGUGGGCUGUGCUCUUGGAGCCCUGGGUUCAACAGAAGAAGCCCUGGAGAACUUAAACAGAGCUCGUGAAAUCCAAUACUUCUUCCAUGCCUCCGAACAUGACAUCGACAAAACCGAGCAAGAAAUCAAUCGUUUGCAUGGAAGAACAAGAGCAGAGGUACCAUGUCGAGUGUUUCAUCAGAUGUACUGCAAAAUAGCAGUGUAACUGGACACAAUAGUGUUGCUUAUACAAUGGAGUAUGUGAAUAGUGAAUGUGCAGCCAUGUUGAUCAUUUGACUAUGCAUGUACAUGUACCGGUACUAUGGUGCAAGGCACCUAAGAUCCCCAACAAAAGACUGGGUACUUAUUAGCUAAUCCAUCCACAGUGGUUUUUACUUGAAUGUCACAUAAUCGGCUUAAAAAAACUCGUGCCACUUUUUUAUCCAAUCAGAAGUAAAACCAAAAGCAAUCGUGAUUCGUUCGCAUACGUUUCCCGCGCUUUGCGUGAGUUAGUUCUAUUUCCUUCGAGUUUUGAUUGGUUCAUUAGAUUUUCUGUAUCGCUUGUGGUUGGCCAGAGUAAUUACUGUGGUUCUGGUUUUACAGCACUCAAUUGAAAACCGCUCUAAAUAUGUGUAAAAAUUAUCAUUAUAAUUAUUCACCUGGAAGCGCAGCAAACGGUAAGGUUUAGGAAAAGUCCAAAACAAAGAAACGAGUUCAUUCAUUUAUAUUUGUUAUAAUGAAUAACGAAGAUGUACAGUGAACCGCGAAUUAAAUUUGGAUAGCUGGGGUGGAUACAGGAGUUUAGAGAAGGGGGUUUGAGACGUGGACCAGGCUGCGGGGAGGCACCCUCUCCCAGAAAAUUUUUAAAAUCUUGGUCCUCAGAAAUGGGAUUUCCGGCAUUCCGAGGCCAAGCCAGCAUGUUGUUAUGUAUCAUUUUUUUUUUUUAAAUUUAGGGGGUUUGGUCCCCAAACCCAUCCCCUAGAUCCGCCCCAGGAUAGAGACAUGUAUAUAAUAUGAUAUAACUUUUAUACUCAAUAAGAGAUGUUCAUGAAAAUGUAGGUUGAAAAUGGCCUUUCAAAGGUGUUGUAACACUAUUGUAAGUGCCUAACUACUCAGUCUGAGACUGAUGUAAAUGAUGUAUCUUUUAAAAGCGUUGAGUUCAAAGAACUAAGCACUGUUACCGUUGUUUAUAUCAACAUGUUUGCAAAGCGAACUUUA